ACGAGCGCCUCUGAGAACGCGAACAGGGAGCACGUUGAGGACAUGGUCCCUCGGCGCCUCCUGUUGGUUGGGGAGGGGAAUUUCUCUUUCGCUGCUGCUCUGAGCGAAACCCUGGAUCCGAGCACUAGUCUAACCGCCACCUGCCUUCAGCGCCCGGCCGACUUGGCCCGGGAUCCAGUAGCCCGGGAGAAUCUGCAGCGCCUGCGCGAGCAAGGUGCCAAGGUUCGUUUUGGUGUGGACUGCACCCAGCUGGCAGAUGCCUUUGAACUGCACGACAGGGAGUUUGAUCGAAUUUAUUUUAACUUUCCACACUGUGGCCGCAAAGCUGGAGUAGCUAAGAACAGGGAACUGCUUGCCAAGUUUUUCCAGAGCUGUGCAGAUGUUCUUGCAGAGGAAGGAGAAGUCCACAUGGCAUUGUGUAAAGGACAAGGUGGGACUCCUGCUGAUAAGCCCAUGAGAGAAUGGCACAACAGUUGGCAAGUGGUUGCCAUGGCAGCUCUAGGGGGAUUCAUUUUAAGUGAUGUGCAUCCGUUCAGGUGUGAGGCUGUGCCAGGAUACAAGUGCACUGGAUAUAGGAGUCAAGAUAAGUCCUUUCACGUAGAAGGUGCUUUGAACCAUAUCUUCACCCGGAGCUUACCCUUUGAAGGUUUGCAACCCAGAAUCUUCAGGAUCAAACUGGGUGACCAGUGGUUUUCUUUUCCAGAACCAGAAGCACUUGUAGGAAAGUUGAACAGGGGUUUCCUAGAAGCACCUUCAUAUCAUCCUAUCAAAACCAUAAAUGAGAAACUCAUUGCUGAAUUGGGCAAAGCUUUCCCUCUAAAAAGGCUGAAGUGUUCCUUCCCUCUGCUGCCACAGGGAGGCAGCAGUGUUCUCACUUCUUGGAACUGUGACAUUCUGUCAGCUGCCUUUUGGAUUAGUCUCUGUGAAGAUAACUCAAAUUCUGAGUCCUUGACUGGUGGGACAACACAAGAUAUGGAGGACUUUCUAGUGUCAUUUCCAGAACUUAGCCUUCCCAAGAGCCCUGGAAGAGACAGUGAGGAAGAAGCUCAUGAAGGAGUCUAUAACCAAGCCAAGAUCUGCCUUAGACCUUCUCUCCUAGUUCAUGUUCAGGCUGUCAUCCAAGCGCCAGACUUCCUCCCAGGUUCUCUGCACAUCCUCAGUGGACCUGUCUUUCAGAAGUGCCGCAUCUCGCCUUUCACAAUGCCAGCAUUUCAUGAGACUUUAUUUAUCUUUGGGUUUAAUAAAAAUCUGAAGGAUGGCUGCCUUCAGUCGCUACUGGAUCACGUGAAGGGCAUUCUUGAUAACCUUCUAACCCAGACAUUGCUGGAGGGCUCUAAGCUGAGCAGUUCAGUGGAAUUUGUCUUUCAACCAAAUGGGAAAGAUUAUAUGAUUAACGUGAAGUCUCAUAAUUUUGGCCCAGAUUGUGCCAAGGAUCUGAUUAUUGGGUCUGUCACCACAUCUGCUACAAGCAUUUUACACAAAGACCGGGGUUUUGUGUUUGUGUCUAUGAACUUGGACCUACUAGCCAUGAUUGUCUCAGGUAUCUCUGACUGGAGAAUAUUGUGGACCUUUGAUAACCGUUUCCUGAAGAAUUUUGUCCCUGGGAAAAUAGAACCCUUUAAAAGCUAUUCUCUAUAUCCUCCAUGCUAUGUGCAUGAUAUUAGUUUUUGGUUAGAUGAUAAGAAAGGAUUUGAUGAACUAGAGUUUCAUACUGUGGCCCGAGCAGUGUCCCAGGACACUGUCAUAUCCAUACAAUUCCUUAGUCGUUUUCAACAUCCAAAGACUGAACAGGUCAGCCUCUGCUAUAGAUUGACCUACCAGACCUGUGACAAGGCCCUCACCCAGCAGCAGGUAGCAUCAAUGCAGUCCCAGUUUAGGAAAGAGAUUCAACAACGACUACAUGUGACACCUCGGUAGUUUAGUAAAUUAAUUUCUACAGUGUGAUACUCAUGGGUGUGGGUGUAGAUGAAAAAGACCAAUCUGUAACCAGUAGUCCUUCUGGACUUUGUUUUUUGUAAAAUUUUUUACCUCGUGACUAAAGCCACUGUUGGUUGACUCCGAAAGAUACCUGUGACUCUAUAACUUAAACUCAUAGACUAUAAUGAGAUUGGUGACCUUUGGAGUUGUGCAGUAUUUUGAUCCUGAGUAAUGACUAGGAAAACAAAUAAAACAAAUCAGCAUCUUGUGCUUUA